CACGUUGAGAGCAAAAGCUUUAUUUCCAUUCACAAGCCAUUGGCAUUGUUAAUAAAAAUCCUCAUCCUUCUUCACAACUCAAAAAUUGUCUCAUAAAGGAUUCAAGGCCAUUAUGGCUAUUCCAAGAGAAAUUGGGGUCAAAGUAUGCCUUCUCUUGAGUUUAACCUUUCUCGCGAUUGGCGCAAAAUCCAUCCCCCACAAUGGUGUCCGUCGUGGCCUUGUCGGUGAGACAAUUUUUGACGUUAUGAAGUAUGGGGCUAAAGCUGAUGGCAGGUUCGAUAAUGCCCAGGCAUUUAUCAAAGCCUGGAAAGCAGCAUGCGAAUCAACUGGACCAGCAAAGGUGGUUAUUCCAAAGGGAGACUUUGUGGCUGGGGAAGUUGUUUUCCAGGGUCCAUGCACUGCUCCAAAACCCAUAACCAUUGAAAUCCAAGGAAAUGUAUUGGCAAGCACAGACGUUAGUGCUUACACUUCAGGCUCAUGGAUCAUGCUUGAAGAAAUCGAUGGCCUUGUAAUCAACGGGGGAGGAACCAUUAAUGGCCGGGGAAAAUCUUCGUGGCAGUUCGCUGGUGCCAAUAAUGAAGGCCCUCUUCUACCAGUGUCUCUUACGUUUAAGAAGGUAAAAAACUCCGAAAUGCACGACGUGAAUUUCGUCGACAGCAUGGGUUUCCAUUCUAAGGUCGCUGACAGUGAAAACAUUAAAAUAUCAAAACUCAAAAUAUCUGCCCCCGGCGACAGCCCUAACACGGACGGCAUGCACAUAAGUUGUUCUACUAAUGUCAAUGUCACCGACUCCAUCAUCGGAACCGGUGACGACUGUGUCUCCAUUGGUCAUGGCACCACCGACAUUCUCGUCUCCGGAAUCACUUGUGGCCCUGGACACGGCAUCAGUGUUGGUAGCCUUGGAAAGCGCCCAGAUGAAACAGAUGUGAAGGGAAUUAGUGUCAUCAACUGCACACUUACAGGAACUACAAACGGUGCAAGAAUCAAAACCUACCAUGCAUCUCCAUCAAUCCAAGCUUCCGACAUUCUUUACAAAGAUAUAAUAGUGACUGAUGUUAAAAACCCCAUCCUCAUAGAUCAGCAUUACGACUCCAAGAAAAAACCCGAGCAAUCAAAGGUGAAGAUCAGCGGCGUUCACUUCGUAAACAUAAAGGGAACGACAGUUUCAGAAAUUCCAGUAGCACUAAACUGCAGCGAAGCAGUUCCUUGUGAAGAUGUUGAAUUGGCUGAUAUUGAUUUAGCGCCUUCUGGUGCAGCUGGUUCUCUUAAAUCUGUUUGUGCCAAUGCAAAAUUUGUCUUAAAAGGAAAACCUAUCCCUCCUGGUUGUGAAUGAAGUUUCCAUCAUAUUAUACAAAAAUAGCAUCAAAAAAAUGAAGAAAAAAAGUACGGUGAAUAUUUGUUUUGAUAUUUUCAAAUCGAAAGACGAUAUUUUGAUCAUUUUUGUAAUUUCGAGUGCACUGCAUCAGAUAAUAUCAGACGGAUAAAAUAAUUAUCGCAUCUGCAUAUUGGUGUAAUAACAGUGAAGACGUUUUCCUACACAUUCAUUCAACAUUGAUUAUUCUCUCUGA